AUGGGCGAGCCGAAGUCUAUAUCCUUUAAGGAGGUGAAGAAGCAUAAUAAAAAGGAUGACUGUUGGGUGAUAAUACAUGAUAAAGUCUACGACGUAACGAAAUUCAUGGAAGAGCAUCCCGGAGGUGAAGACGUUAUCCUCGAACAGGCCGGCGGUUACGCGACUGAACCCUUUGAAGACGUUGGUCACUCCGAUGCUGCCCAUGAGCAAUUGAAAAAAUAUUGUAUCGGCGUGGUCGCUCGCGUUUGUUCCCCUUUUCCUUUUAAUCUUUUGUCUUAUGCAGGAAGAUGA